CUUGGAGAAGGCACGGAAGGUAAAGUCAGCUUGUGGCGCCAUAAAUGGAAAGAAGAGCACAUCGCGGUCAAGCAACCUGCGAGGGGAACCGAUUUCCAUCGCAAUAUGUUGAAACAGGAGCUGAAGAAUCUGAAGAUGGUGGGCACACAUCCCAAUGUGGUCAGCUUGCUAGGCUGGGAUGACUAUUAUGCACCAAUCCCGCCAGGAAUCUUUCUCGACUACUGUCAGCUUGGGGAUCUGCUCGAAUACCAAAAUCUUCUUGUAGACGCAGGUCAUUAUGUGCCAGAGGAAUCCAUAUGGAAAUUUCUCGUCGACAUGAGCCGGGGGCUCGAUUACCUUCACAACCACCUUGCGGUGCCUUAUAUCCACGGCGACCUGAAACCAUCCAAUAUCCUCGUUGCAAGGCCGCCGGGCUGCCGGAACGACGAAGUCCCUCUGCUACCAAUCUUCAAACUCGCUGACAUAUCGCGUCUCGUACCCUACAUUCCAGGACAAGGGCCCAAUCACAUGUUCUUCGGCACCCCAGAAUAUGGGCCUCCAUUCUCGGAGAGGAGAGCUGUCGCGCCCGCGGUAGACAUCUAUGCUAUAGGAGCGACUGUCCAGCACUUGGCUCUCGGCUGCUACCCUACCCAAGACCGCAAGGCUUUUAUUCGGGAGGUCAUGUUGCAAGGAAUGGACGCGCCACACGAAAAGGACCUGAAUCACAUUAAAUGGCGCAAUCUCAUACCCGUGGUCUAUCGCCCAAUAAAUGCUGCUGCGGAGGAGCAGCGUACUAAAUAUAAGCUGCAGCAUCCGAAUCCUCCGUACAGCGAUGUAUUGAAUGACUGGUACAGCAUGUGUCUCGAGCAUGAAAAGCAUCGGCGUAUAUCCGCGGAUAUCCUCACGGAUUGGUUCGUUCCUCUUGCCGAAGGACAGAUCGAGGUGCUUGCUGCAAAGCGUGAGCGCGACAGGGCUGCUGACAUCGCGCGGAAGCUCAGAGAGACCGCUACG